AUGGUUACUGCUGUUGGUAUUGAUUUAGGUACUACCUACUCCUGUGUGGCUCACUUCGCCAACGACCGUGUCGAGAUUAUCGCCAAUGACCAAGGUAACAGAACUACCCCAUCUUUCGUUGCCUUCACCGACACUGAACGUUUGAUUGGUGACUCUGCCAAGAACCAGGCCGCCAUGAACCCGGCAAACACCGUUUUCGACGCCAAGCGUUUGAUCGGUAGAAAGUUCACCGACGAAGAAGUCCAGGGUGACAUGAAGCACUUCCCAUUUGCUGUUAUCGACAAGGGUGGUAAGCCAAUGAUCCAGGUCGACUUCAAGGGUGAAAACAAGGUUUUCUCCCCAGAAGAGAUUUCUUCUAUGAUCUUGAUCAAGAUGAAGGAAACCGCCGAGAACUUUUUGGGUGUCCCAGUCAACGACGCCGUUAUCACCGUUCCAGCCUACUUCAACGAUUCUCAGCGUCAGGCUACCAAGGAUGCUGGUUUGAUUUCCGGGUUGAACGUCUUGCGUAUCAUUAACGAGCCAACUGCCGCCGCUAUUGCCUACGGUUUGGACAAGAAGGACGAGGGUGAAAAGAACGUUCUUAUCUUCGAUUUGGGUGGUGGUACUUUCGAUGUCUCGUUGUUGUCCAUCGAAGACGGUAUCUUCGAGGUCAAGUCUACCGCCGGUGACACUCACUUGGGUGGUGAAGAUUUCGACAACAGAUUGGUUACCCACUUUGUCAACGAGUUCAAGCGUAAGAACAAGAAGGACUUGUCCACCAACCAGCGUGCCUUAAGAAGAUUGAGAACCGCCUGUGAACGUGCGAAGAGAACCUUGUCUUCUUCUGCCCAGACCUCUAUUGAAAUCGACUCCCUUUACGAGGGUGUUGACUUCUACACCUCCAUCACCAGAGCUAGAUUCGAAGAGAUGUGUGGUGACUUGUUCAGAAACACCUUGGAACCAGUUGAAAAGGUUUUGAGAGACGCCAAGUUGGACAAGUCUGCUGUCAACGAGAUUGUCCUUGUUGGUGGUUCUACCAGAAUCCCAAAGGUCCAGAAGUUGGUUUCCGACUUCUUCAACGGUAAGGAGCCAAACAGAUCCAUCAACCCAGAUGAGGCUGUGGCCUACGGUGCCGCUGUCCAGGCCGCUAUCUUGACCGGUGACACCUCUUCCAAGACCCAGGACUUGUUGUUGUUGGAUGUCGCUCCAUUGUCCCUCGGGAUUGAGACCGCUGGUGGUGUCAUGACCAAGUUGAUUCCAAGAAACUCCACCAUCCCAACCAAGAAGUCUGAAACCUUCUCCACCUACGCCGACAACCAGCCAGGUGUGUUGAUCCAGGUCUUCGAAGGUGAACGUACCAGAACCAAGGACAACAACUUGCUCGGUAAGUUCGAAUUGUCUGGUAUUCCACCAGCCCCAAGAGGUGUUCCACAGAUCGAAGUCACUUUCGAUAUUGAUGCCAACGGUAUUCUUAACGUCUCCGCGUUGGAGAAGGGUACCGGUAAGACUCAGAAGAUCACCAUUACCAACGACAAGGGUAGAUUGUCCAAGGAAGACAUUGAAAGAAUGGUCUCUGAAGCCGAAAAGUACAAGGACGAGGAUGAGCAGGAAGCUGCCAGAAUCGCCGCCAAGAACGGUUUGGAGUCUUACGCCUACUCCUUGAAGAACUCUCUCAACGAGGAAAAGUUGAAGGAAGCUUUGGGUGCUGAAGACGUCGAAGCCUUGACCAAGGCUGCUGACGAAACCAUUGAAUGGUUGGACGCCAACACCACUGCCACCGCCGAAGAAUUCGGUGACAAGCAGAAGGAGUUGGAAACCGUUGCCAACCCAAUCAUGACUAAGGCCUACCAGAACGGUGCUGCCCCAGGUGGUGCUGCCCCAGGUGGUUUCCCAGGCGCUUCUGCUCCAGAACCAGAAGCCUCUGGUCCAACCGUCGAAGAAGUCGAUUAA